AUGGCAUUACGAGGAGCAAUUCGUGUUGGAAGACAAGCCAAUUCAUCUCUGUUUACAAUUCCUUGUUAUCUCCGAACGAUAUAUAAUGUUUCUGUUUCAAGCCCACGUAGAAGAUUAAAUCCAAUUUCACAUCACCAAACAGGAUUAAAAUUUUCGAUUAGGGCAGUAAGUGGAACAUCUCUGGAUCCUGUGGUGUCCAAGAAACAAAAUGGAGAAGAAUCAUCACAGAAUUGGAAGAUUAAAAUGCUUUAUGAUGGGGAAUGCCCACUGUGUAUGCGCGAGGUGAACAUGCUAAGAGAGAGGAACAAAAGUUAUGGAUCAAUCAAAUUUGUCGACAUAAGUUCAGAAGAAUACACUCCCGAGGAGAAUGAAGGACUUGAUUAUAAAACCGUUAUGGGAAGAAUUCAUGCAAUUCAAUCAGAUGGGACUGUUGUGACGGAUGUUGAGGCAUUCAGAAAACUCUAUGAAGCUGUCGAUUUGGGCUGGGUGUACGCUAUAACCAAAUAUGAACCUGUUGCAACCAUAGCUGACGCUGUUUAUGGCGUGUGGGCUAAAUAUCGUCUUCAAGUUACAGGUCGACCACCUCUAGAAGAAGUUUUGGAGGCACGGAGGAAAAAGGGAGAAAUCUGCGACGAAACCAAGGCUUGUAAAAUGUAG